GAGGUGGAGGAGCAAGUGGAUGUCGAGGGAGAAGAGUCAGCUGGGGCAUUCGGAGUGCCGGGGGAAUUGGAUGAGGUGGUGAGUGAUCUGGAAUCGAGUGAAGCCUUUCCGACUUCGCAAACCUCCAGUGUCUGGCUGGAUGAGGAAGAUGAACACAGGAUGAGGCAGAAGUUGACCUUCAGCAAACGGGCAACUCAUCUGCCAGCUGAGUUCAGAAACGCUUCAGAGUUCAGAGAUGGCAUGUCUAUCGGUGAACGACGUCUGGCUGACGGAUUCUGCUAUCAGGGAAAAUACACUACUGAAUAA